AUGUUUCAGCAUUCUAGGGGUAGCAGCGGCCUGUCCCCCGCACGAGGUAACGGAUGGCGAUCGUCCAACACGUUCAUCAUUAGCAGCAUGUCAAUGGCAUUGUUCACCGAUGAAAUGCUCUUUUCAUUCAUGGUACCACUGCUUCCAUUCAUUCUGGAGGAUCGCAUAGGCGUUGAUGUGUCAGAGACUCAGAGACUCACUUCUGCGUUCCUCGUCGAGGGAGCAGUGAUAUCUAUUGCAUCUGGACCCUCACUUGGCGACAUUGCCGACCGAGCCAAGUCAAAGAAAGUGGUAUUACUUGCUCUCUUGGUGCUGACUCUGGUGAGCAUCGUAUGUCUCUCAAUCACAACUUCAUUGGCUGGUCUAUUUGUUGGUCGUCUCUUCCAGUCUAUUGUCAGCAAUGGACUUUUCAUCGUCAGUCUGGCAACACUGGCAGAGAAUCUUGGUACGGAGCAUAUGGGCAAGAUUGCUGGUUUAGUUUCUACUUUAUCGGCUGCUGGAACUUUUGCUGGACCUGUUAUAGCCGCUUUUCUGUUCGGCUUUGGGGGCUACUGGACCGCCUGGGCAGGGGCCUUUGCGUUCCUUGUGGUCGAUAUAAUCAUGCGGCUUUUGAUGAUUGAAAAACAAUCACAUAACAAUGAGAAUGGCAAACCAGACUCUCAGGAUGAAACGCCUGUUGACACUGAGCAAGCGUCCUUACUGGGCGAGCGGCAGUCAGAGCCCGCCGCUACUGUGCCAGAAGUGCAAGGCUGGAGGUUCUAUGCCUUGCUACUGCGGCAAGCUCGUUUCUCUGCAGGACUUUUCUGCUAUUUUGUCUUUUCUCUCUUAAUUGGAAGUUUCCAAACGACAUUUGCGAUUCAUGUGCGAGAUGCAUUCGGGUGGGGAGUUUUCCCUGUCGGUCUGCUCUUUGCUGCUCUUCAAGGCCCUGGAAUGAUUCUUUCUCCGCUCGUGGGAUGGUUGAAGGAUCGGCAGGGGUCUCGUACUCCGACCACGGUCGGCUUUCUAUCUCUCGCUCCAUUCUUGUGGGUUCUUGGUGCUGCUGGUGAUGACCGGUUCCCAUGGGCCACGACCGGGGACCGGGGCAAGAUUAUCUUCUGUGUAUGCACUGCUACGGUUGGUUGCUUGAUAUGCUUGCUUAAUGGAGUUGGCACCAUGGAAGCAACCGAGACCGUUGAUACACUGGAGACACGCGACCCUGGCGUCUUUGGCAAAGGUCGCGGAUAUUCUCGGGCGAUCGCAUUGACAGGCAUGAGCUGGAUGACUGGCCUGCUGGUUGGGCCAAUCUUGGCUGGAGUCGUAGUAGAAAAAUUCGGGUUCUACGAAUUACAACUUAUACUCACUCUAGCUUCCAUCGUGGCUGGGCUCGUGGCGGCAUUAAACCUCAACCCGACCGCGAGAGAGAAGUCCAGACCAUGUACUGAUUAA